GAAAGGUGAGCGCUACAUAAUGUGGUGGUUUUUUUGGGGUGUUUAAUUGGGUUGAUUGUGAUUGUUUUUGGGUCUAGAACCUGAUUAUACUGUAUCACCUAGUGCUCAUCAUGGUCUUCAAUGUGAUGGUAUUGGUGUGAUGAUACAGGCUUUCGUUGUGAAGUUUAAAGCAGUUACAACGUUCCCACCGGUUUAAUUUUUUGCUCAACGAUAUUUUGCUGCUCUUAAGUUUUCUUUACAAUAAAGCGAUGAACUUCCUAACUUACGUUGACGUGGUGUGAUGAAUUUUUCCUAUUUGAGCGCUCAAGUGUGCACAGAAGAUAUAUAUGUACCUUUCUAAAUGACUCGAGUCACUUUACCGAUAAUUUUUUGGAAAAAGUACUAGUAAAGUGUGCUUUAUUGGGAUGCAUUUCCGUUUUUCAAUUUUGGCACUCUAAAUUGGCUGUAGUUAAGAGGGAGUAAAACUCUGAUGGUCAAAUCGCAUAACAUAUGCGUCGUAAAUUUUACCGCUCUCAAUAUGUUGAUGAUCCUUUAAUUUGGAGAGAUCUACAAGCGACUAACCUCACAAAACAUUAGAUAUCCCGAAUAAUGCAUAAACGUAGGGGUCAAAAGAUUCCGUUCCUUUUUUAACACUAGUAUUAAAUACUAAUGUAUAAUAGGAAUAAAUCGAUUUCGUACUUUGGGGGAUCUUAGUACCACAAUCCAAUAUUGGUGUCUCUUCUCAUUGUCGUUCGCCGCUUGACGAGGCAUACUCUUAAUUUCUCUCUUGGUGUAUAAGUUUGGUUAAUGAUUUCGUUACUCCCUUUUGAACUUCAAGUAAGCUGGAUGAGUAACCUAAGCAUCCCUAUCUAAGUAGUUUAAAGGUAUGGAAUGCCUCUGUAACGUCAAAUCCUUUUGUCUUCUGGAUCUCAAUGUACUAUGAUUUGAGGUAAGCACAAUCUAAUUCUUCAGUUUAUUGCAUGUUCGGAGUUUAAGAAUAUUUGGAGUUUGUCUAGCGUUUUACUUGAAGCUCCCAAGUCAAUAAGCUCUUGCUAAUUCCUAGAUGCUUCGGCGUUUUGAACAUUUUCCUGGUCUACGUAACUAAUUCAUCAAUAUAUACUAUAUCGCUCUAAGCUAUCGGCAAGCGGUAGAUAAUAACUGUUGACAUAUCUCCAAAGCUAUUCCACUUUUGAAAGGCUAGUGCAUGAGUCAUUCAUUGGCGUAUCAUGCGAUACGAAGGUUGUCAAAAGUGCCAUUCUUAUCUUAUUAAUUUUAAAAACAGUCUGAAUCAGGUCAUUUCUCGGUAUCUAAAUACCUGUUUGAUGAAGCUUCAUUAUUCCUUUUGGUCAUUUACGUAGUAUCAGAAAAACCGUUCUGGACAAGUUUUAGUCAUAUACUUUCUGUCUUUCGUUUAUACCACAGCAUCUUACAAUUAAUUUUUAAAGGUGAUCUCUAUUUCGCAACACAACGAUGAAUGUCAGAUGACUAGUUGUCAAAAUUGAAUUCAACAGAUAGUUCCUCGUUUUAAUAGACUUCCUUGAGGUAAUCACGGAGCGAAAAAUGUUUUUUUUUCAUUUUUCGUGGUGUGACGAAAUGCUUGUUCUGUAUUUCAAUCAAGCAAUCUAGAUUGAUGAACUAGUCUUUAAGUAACGUCAUUCCUGCUUUUCAAGUUAUCAGCGUGCUAUAUUUUGUGUAUCUACACUGCCAGUGUGAUAAUCGAUAAAUGUACUUAGUGAAAUCACUAUAGGGGAAUCAUGUUUCGAAUUUUCAAAUCGUCAGUUAACAGUUAAACGCUUUAGCCACUACUCCAUCGUUUUCAAGCAGAACGGGCUCUGCUAGACUGGAUUUUAGUAGAUAGUCGCUUUUGCGCUGUUCGACUAAACGAAAUAGUAAGAACUCGAAAAAAUAGAGACACUCGGUUUCCAUUUUGUUGUCUCUGUUGACAUUUCCACUGUUUGUAAUUAAGUUAAAGAUGAAUUUUAUAAGAAGCUAUCCAACCUCCUUCGAAAAGCUCAAUGCGUUGAUGUGGUGGUAGUAGUAGUAGUAGCAGGUGAUUUUAAUGCCCAAGUAGGUAAACUAAACUAAACCGAAAUGCACUUAGGCGGAUCGUACGUUGUCGUUGCCCAGCGAAAAGACCAUGGCGACAGUCUGCUGAAACUAGGCUUAGAUAACCGUCUAUUUCUAGCAAACGCCAACUUUGAACACAAGGAGAAACAUCUGACGUGGUGACCACCAUCAACUGAUCAAUGGAUUCAAAUAGAUCCCAUUCCCAUUAGCCAUCGUUGGAGGGACUCGAAAGAAGGCUGCGCUCAUUCUGGAUCACAUGUUUGAACUCAGAUCAUGCUAUAGUUCAAACACGUAUUUGUCUUCGUCUUACUGGACGUAGAAAAGCCAAAGAAAGUAAAUCCCUUCGAAUCCAACCUAAUAAUGAAAAAAAAUUGGGGAUAUAUUUCAGGAACAACCAAAGAAGAAUUUAGUCAGCCGUUGCACAAGCGAGUGGCUAUCAGGACUGAAUGGCACACUGAUUUAGGUUUUUUAACUCUUAUUGAGAUUGCAAGGGCUAUAAGCGAUCUAAAGCGAGGGAGAGCAGCAGGGCCUGAUGAACUACUGCGACCUGGACUUAAUCCCAUCAGACUGGUCUCGAUCGCUGGUCAUCCCAUUUUAUAUGAAGGAACAAAAAUCCUUUUGUGACAAUCACGGAGGAGCUGGUUUAACUAAUAUAGUGUCUAUAAUAUUAGUCUCGAUAAUAUUUCAACGUCUAGCUAGAGCUUGUAAAGAGAGAACCCGAGAAAAUCAGGCUAGUUUCAGACCUGGACGUGGAUAUAUAGGCCGAAUAUCCACCUUUCUGCAGAUUCUGGAACAUAGACAUUCUUUUGGACGUCUAACUAUAGUUGUAUUGCUUGAUCUUGAGGCGGCGUUCAACUUUGUUGAUCGCCAGGUUUUGUGGCAGUGUCUAUUAUUGCAAGGUGCACGAAAGAAGUACAUUAACCUUGCACAUGUUUACUCGAACACUACUGGUCAAAACAGAGCUUAUAGCAAACAGUCGUAGUAAUUGGUUACUCCAGUUCUACUUUAUGGAUAUGAAAUAUGGCCAUUAAGAAUGAAGGAUGUCCGUAGGUUACUGGUAUUCGAUCAUAGAUAUUAACGAAUCACUGCUUAUGUAUUUUGGGACCACAGAGAAAGCGAUGCCUAUGUUAGGAAUACAGUAUUUGUUAGAGAUAAGAAAUUGAUUGAUGUGGUAGUAUGUCUCCAUCAUCUCAGGUGUUUAGAACAUGUUACGUAUGCACAACCACCGCCCACCUCUAUGGGUGAUGUUUCCUGGUGCAGGAGUAGGCUGGAAAUAAAGUAGGGGCUACGAAACCAAAACAUGUCAUUAGUCCGUUCAGUCACUGGCAAUUAGACUUAGCCACGUUAAUAGGCAUAGACUACUUAAUUGGGGUCCGGGUGAUUAUCAUAACCAGUUGUUAGGGUCUUUGAAUGACGGCUCAAAAUCGUUUACAAUAGCGCAGUUGCAUCCAUUCUCUGUCUUUACCGGGUUCCUAAGCUUCUAAAUCGCUCAUAACGUUUUCUUAAUUCCAUCAAAUUAUAUUUCCUUAAGUUGUAUCUUCUAUUUUUAAUCUUUCUUGUUACCACUAAUACUGUUACCACCCCUACUAUCCUGAGGUUUAGCUUGGCAACUUCAUCUCUUUGUUUUAAUGGGGUAUGACAAUUUGAACCCAUAUGCAUGCGAACAGGUCCCACAUUGUGGCUGGCUGAUUCUAGUAAAGGUAUCUGUAGGACUGGAUGGCCAGGGCUCGACUUACUGUGUCAGUUCAUUUCAAAGCCGCAUGAAAUUUUUGUUAGCGGGUGUCAAGCUACGUAAAGCUUAGGUUUAAGACAUCUUAGUAAUUCUUUUCAAAUUCCUAACAUUGAAAAAAUUACGUUCCUUUUAGUCGUUUUAUUCUCUCAUAAUUAUUUUAAUAGUAAUUUUAUGCAUAAAAUGAUUUGUAUGGAGCUCACAAAUGAAACACUAGGUGGCACUAAUUGUUUAGUUUAGACAAAAUUUCCUUCACUAUUCACAUCAACCAUACAUAAACUAGUGUGAUCUGGCUAAAAACUUUUCCAAUCAAAGGCUAUUUUCCCUAAAUUUCAUAUUGUUUAGCGGUAUAUUUACACUAAAUUAUUUUUACGUUAUUUAUCAAUUCUUUAGACCUAUGCGAAUGGGUUGAAUUUUUUGAGGCUGCUGGUGUUCCAGCCAAACUAAGGGAAACAUAUGCUGGAAUUUUUGUUGAACAUCGAAUUAACAAUUCAGUCCUUGCUGAUUUGGAUAAGGAACACUUAAAAGAUAUGGGAAUCACAGUUAUUGGAGAUAUUAUUUCCAUACUGAAGCAAUGCAAAAAAAUAAGACACGAGGCAAGUUGUCUAUUUUCCUCGAAGUUAUUUUGUUUAAGUUAUCAGUUGCACCAACUCCUGUUGUCACUUCAACAACGUCGAAAGAUUGCUCAUCUGAAGAUAAAAAAGCUGCGUCCAAAAAUUUAGAUGUCGGCGUUUUAGUCCAGUGCGUCGUCGAAUGAAUCCUGAGGUUGAAGGAAAAUAUAUUGUUAAAAUGCCCAAGGGGACGACUUUAAAGACGCAGAAAAUUCUUGCAUCCAUGAAGCAAAAGAACAGUGCAAAGUCUAGUCAAUCUGAAGUUGCCAAAGCCGCCAAAACUAAUGAACCUCCUGUAUCGUCUACCUUCGAAGACAGCGAUGUCGAUGAUUGUGAUAAUUAUCGUGUUAUCAUCUCUAAAUCAAAUGCACAUGGUUCCACAUCUAGUGAUUCAGUAUUCAGUCGUUUAGGUAAUACUGUAAAUAGAGAGGAUUCACCUACAAGUGUACUUAUAAAAAAAACGACAGAUCCAUCUGCUGCAAUGCAACGCUUUAUUCGUUGGAAUUUAAAUGACAGUAGUCUUGGAUCACCUUUUCGUCCUUCACCAUCUGUUGCAGAAACUAUUAUGAACUCACCAGAGGAUUCUUUGAAUUUUAAAGUUGUUAAACAAGUUAGCAGUCUUACAAAAAGCCUUGAUCAGUCUGUUAAAUUAAGAACACCCCUUAAACGACAUGCUUCUGAUACGGUAUUUAGUCGUUUAAGUGCUCCAUCAACUACUAUACAACCAAAUGAUCAACUCUCUUACCAAGGAAUUCUGAAGAAGUCACGAACGCAACCUCCUAAAUUUAACAAUGAAUCGAUGUCUCCAUGUUCUCUAAAUAGCUUUCUUUCUCCACACACCGAAGGUGUACUUAGCCACAGUCGUAUGCAAAAAGUUUCUGUAAAAAACCGCUUAGGCAACAGACAAGGAAAGUCUAACGCUCCAGUUCAUUCUAGACUUGGUCGAGCAUCUAAUCCAGUAUGAAUAAUCUGAUUUUCAUGACUUUUACCGAACUUAGUGUAUAUAUACAUAAAUAUAUUUCGCAUACCAUAAAAUAUAAUUUUAGGUAUCC